AUGUCGUCGAACAAAGAAAAUGAUCAUUCCAGCGAUGAUAGUGGUUAUGAUGAUGAUGAUUCUAGUGAAAAAUAUGAGGAUUUUGAGAAUUACUAUAGUACUGACGAUUACACGCCUAUUUUUUUAGCCGUUCACAAUGGUGAUUUAAAUAGUGUUAGUACUUUACUAAAUGAAUAUAAUUUAGCAGAAAAUGUACACAAGAAAAGAAUGUUGCAUGUGGCAGCAGCACGAGGUUAUCUGCAGAUUGUCGAUUGUUUGAUAAAAAACGGAGCUAAGCUUAAUGUCCAGGACGUCAAGGGAAGAACACCUUUUUAUAUAGCUUUACUGCAAAAUAAAGUUGAAGUUGCCGAGUUUCUUUUGGAAAAUGGUGCACGUAUGGAUAUUCCAAGAAAUGACGGAAGAACAACACUUCAUGUCGCGAUAAAAACGCAGAACAUUCAAAUUGUCGAGAGACUUUUGAAACAGGGUGCUAUGGUCAAUGUACUGGAUGAUAUGUCCCGCUUGAAACCAAUUGAUCUUGCUGCCAGUCUUAAUAAUAUCCAACUUGUUGAACUGCUUUUGAAGUACGGCGCCAAGAUGGAUGACAUUGAUGAGUUUCGCGAAGAACAAAAAGAUGAUCAUAAAAGAAUGACAGCCCUUCAUUAUGCCGCUAAACGUGGUAAUUUAGAAAUGGUCAAGUUAUUAAUGUCGAAUGGCUUUGACAAAAUUGAUGUGAAAAAUUUGAAAGGCAAAACACCCCUAUGUGUAGCAAUAGACAAACAUUGUUUAGGUAUUGUGAAACAUAUGUUUGAAAGUGGAUCAAAAAUAAAUGAGGAUAUUCCCCUCAUCGGCCUCUGUAAAACUGAUGAACAUAUAAAUGUCUUGAAAUUUCUACUUGAUCACGGUGUAAAACUUGUUACGGAUCAUACAGAGACUCCACUUUAUUUGGCAUUAGACAAGCACGAGUUUAAACUUUGGAAGUACCUAAUAACCUGCUAUUCGAAAAUUGAUGCUGUACUGUGCUCCAAGGAGACCGAACUUCAUAUCGCUGUGCGUGCUAACAACAAAGAAGAUGUAAAAGAAAUUCUGAAGAAAAUGAAAUUAAAUUCUUUAUCAGGUGAAUUGGGACAAUUCGCAGUUUACAUCGCCGUUGAAAACGGGAACGAGGAAAUGUUAACGAUUCUCCUAGAAGCAGGCUGUUCGGUUGAAAGUUGUUUUAGGGACAAAUUAUCUCCUCUCCAUAUUGCAGCCACAUUCGAACACACACGUUUGGUGGAAAUUCUUCUGAAGUACGGUGCGAGGAUUAAUUCAGAAACAAGAGCACUCCAUCGCCCAUUGGAUUUUGCAGCAAUUAUGGAAAAUUUAAAUAUGAUUAAAUUUCUGAUACUCUGGUGCUAA